UAUCCACUCGGCACUGACCAUGACCUCGCUGGGAGCUCGUGGGGAGACUUCUGCAGAGUUGUCAACAGCACUAGAACUGACGAACUUGACCGGUAACUCGGCCCAUCAGGCCUACCAUGACCUUAUCCUUCAGCUGAACACCAACAAUGGUAUAAAACUCCACACAGCUAACGCUAUAUUUGCCAACCCCAACAUCCCCAUAGAAGAGCAAUUUGUCAAAGACGUUCAGUCCGAAUAUUUAGCCAAGAGCUCUAGCUUUGACCUGGCCGCAGUAGAUGGUCCAGAAAAGAUCAUCAAUGAUUUUGUCAAUGAAAACACUGAAGGCCUCAUUAGUGAUCUUCUGUCUAAAGGUUCUAUCAACUCAAGGACCGUGUUGGUUUUGGUCAGUGCCAUCUUCUUCAACGGGACCUGGGAGGACCAAUUCUCCAAGUACAGGACACAGAAACAAAACUUCUUUCAGCUAGGCGGAGCCAAGUCUGAGGUGGACAUGAUGUACGAUGAAAGAUAUGUCUUCAUCAAGAGAAACGUGCAGGGUGUUGACGUGGCCGAGUUACCCUUCACCGGCGGGAGAUUCUCUCUCUACAUCGCCCUGCCUCAGGAGACGGACGGAAUUACUGCCCUUGAACACUCCCUGGCCAGCCCUGGUUACGCAGACCAACUGUUUGAAGGACUGCGCCCUGUCAGAGUCAAAUUGAGCGUCCCCAAGUUUAAGAUUGAGUCAACGUUUGGGCUCAAUUCUGCCCUUCAGGGUUUGGGGAUCGUCCGAGCUUUCGAUGCUGGCUCGGCCAACUUGGAGGGGAUCAGUGCUAGUAGCAAGGUGUACAUCAGUGAUGUCCUUCACAAGGCAGUUAUUGAGGUCAAGGAGACAGGAACUGUGGCGGCAGCAGCCACCGCCAUCCAUGUUUCAGCUCCCUCUGUCCAACUUCCGCCCAUCGAACUGUUCAAGGCCGACCACCCCUUCGUGUUCUUCCUGAGAGACAACCAGAGCAACAGCAUCCUGUUCCAGGGCAAAAAUAUCGGCUAG